AUGUUCACAACUUGUGAACAUCUUUAUGUGUUCGAAAAUUCAUUUGGCAAUUAUUUCGAUUUUACAUUUUCGAAAUCAGAAAUAUGGUUACGCAAUCCUUUUCUCGUGGACUUAAAUACAAUUGAUGAUUCAGAUCUCGUUAAAGAUGAACUAAUUGAUUUAAGAUCAAAAGAAAUGGCACGCCACGACUUUCAAACAAAAAAUCUAAUCGAAUUUUGGUGUUCGUUGACGAUGGCUUAUCCACGAGCUGUAUUCAGGGCAAUGACAUUUUUGAUUCCAUUCGCUACUACCUAUCUUUGUGAGUCUGGAUUUUCCACAAUGGUCACAAUUAAAACUAAAGCAAGAAAUCGAUUGGACAUUAAGGACGAUAUGCGCGUUCUCUGUCCAAUACGGUCCCAGAUUUCAAGGCAAUAUUGCAAUCAAAACAGCAACAAAUGUCACAUUAGAAAUUGUAUUUGA